CUUUUUAUGCAAUAACAUUGUGAAUAUUAACGUUUACCAACUCAUUCUAACGUCAUUUACAUCCUAUUACGUUGGCUAGUCCACAGCUGACGUUAGCUAGUUGGAUUAAAGUACAUAGCCAAUGUCAACAGCGCCAGUAAACUACGUCGUGGUUUUGAGCGGCCUAACCUAGCUGUUGCUGAAGGCCCAGUGUGUGUGUGUGUCUGGUCGGGGUCGUAACCGUCAAUCAAGGCAGAGUAGCACCUGUUCUGGGUCAGUGUGCUGCUGCAAUAGUAUUCUCAGUGUUGCCCAACCAGUUCGUCUGAUUUCAUCGUAGACCGGGGUAAGAAUAGCCGAACCCCAGGGCUUCUCCGGGUCGCUCCACUCGCUGUUCUGCCGCAGCGUCGCUCUCGACAUGCCGGUGUUCGAGGAGGACCCUGCUCAGUUAUCCAAGUCCAGGUUGAAGUCAGAUUUGGUGGCCCACAAUGUCACACUGCCAACUGAAAAAAGCAAGAAGGAUGUGUAUGUGGGUUUAUAUUUGAAGCAUAUUGAUGCAAAAAAUGCUGCUGAUUUCUCAAGUGACGAAGAGGACCAAGUUGUUGAGGACACGCCAGAGGAGAAGCCAUCAGCGGUGGAUAUGCUGGACGUCAAUGGGCUGACCGAUGACGAGCUCAAGGCCUCACUUCUCAAGCAUGGGCUCAACGCUGGACCCAUUGUUGCAUCCACCAGGGCUUUGUAUGAGCGGCGACUCUUGAAGAUCCUUCAGAGCAACAUGCCAUCGGAGCCCACAGUGAACGGAGCGGGGGACGCCAACGCAUACUCUGACAGUGAGGAGGAGGGGGACGAAGAGGGGCAGGACGAGGAUUCAGAUUCAAAUGACUCAAGACAAGACGACAUUUUAACUUUGGAACUGUCUCCUGAGAACAACAAACAGCCGGAGCAGCCAAAGUGGGAACUGUGCACCCCGAAGAAUGAAUCUGCCUACUACACCCCUAAUGCCUCUUACAAGCAGACGGUUGAGGAGGGAUUGACUGUUGUUCCAACCAGGUUGUAUCCAUCGGCGGUACCGAUACCCCCUGGUAUUACCGCUACCUGUCGGAGGCCCAUCAAGGGGGCCGCUGGGAGACCCGUCCUGUACAAGUACCCAGACGCCCCGCCCACCAGUCCCACGACGCUCGAGCGCCGGGAGGUGGACGCUCGCCUAGUUCCGGUCUACGCCCAGGUCCUUGUCUUCCUUGCCAUUGCCUGUCUGCUCUAUCUGGUGUACGCCUGCAUGGAGGAGAACCCGUACCACCCGCUGUUGCCUCUCUUGGACGGUCUGAGCGAGGCCCUAGAGAGCCAGGAGGAGGGCCCUGUGGGUCUGGCCCACCCUGGGGACCCGGCCGACACCCCCGUGGACCUGUGAUUGUUAAUCGGCCCAUUCUGCCUUUUUUAAAAUGUGUCUGGAAUUCUUGCUUUUCAUUAAAGGAUGUUUUUGCAUAAAGGCUUGUUUUGUCUGAACAUUUU